AUGGACCCUAAAUUGAAGAAGAUCAUCGAACUCAUCGAGUCAAAGAAGAAAUCAUCGCAUCCUUGGAAUCGACAGGAGAGAUUCGAUCAGCCCUACUUCUCCUUCUCGCCCGAGACCUCCCCAUGGCAGCAGGUUGUUCCAUCCAAGAGCGCUCCAGAUGUGCCUGGGACGGCUAAAUUUAUGCUCCUGUCAUGGAACAUCGACUUCAUGCUGCCUUUCACGGAUGAACGCAUGCGAGCUGCCAUCAAGCACCUGCAAUCUCAUGUGGACGGCACUUCACUCCCUAGCGUUAUUAUGCUGCAGGAAAUGCUUGAAACCGACCUGGCACUAUUGCAAACCCAACCGUGGAUUCGAGCCAACUACAACAUGACCGACAUAGACAACAAGUACUGGGAGUCUGGGCACUAUGGUACCUGUACGCUUGUCCCGAAGGCCUUGCCCAUCACUUCCGUCUUCCGUGUCCACUACGAGCAGACGGUCAUGGAGAGAGACGGGCUGUUCGUCGACGUACAUUUUGGCAACGGCCAGAUCAUCCGUAUCUGCAAUACGCACCUGGAGUCGUUGGUCGCGGAUCCUCCAAAGCGGCCCCAUCAACUAGCAACGGCCGCCAAAUGGAUGCAUGACCCAGAGGCAAGCGGCAGUGUUCUCGGUGGAGAUCUGAAUGCCAUCCAAGACUUCGAUAAGACACUCCAUUCGGACAACAAUCUCCAAGACGCCUAUCUGUCGCUUGGCGGGAAGGAAGACACUGACCAAGGAUACACCUGGGGUCAAAUGGCUCCAACCAGGCUCAGAAACAUGUUCGGGUGCAGUCGAAUGGACAAAUUGUUCUUUUGUGGACAGCUGAAAUGCGAGAAAUUCGAGCGUUUCGGCAUGGGGAUCGAAGCCGAAGAAGAAAACGUCAGGCAGACCUUGAUCAAGGAAGAAGGACUGGAGGCAGGCUGGGUCACGGACCAUUUGGGCGUGAAAGCCGAAUUCAGUGUCGACCAAGCCGCAACUCCGAAAAUUUGA